AUGUUCUACANNGAUGUCUACACUCCUCCCUCGGUGGAUCCUAACCUCGUCGCCUCGCGCACCGCCUCUCCCUCAUAUCCUCCCACUUCUCUCAAGUCCAUCCCGCGACCCCUUGUAUCACACGCCUCACACCGCACCUCGCAACCAACAAAGGUCCGCAACUACCCUGACCGCCAACCUCAAAACGACAUUCCCGUUUCCGAAGCCCCUGCCCUGCCAGAGUCGGAAAUCGCUCCCAACCUCCCAUACUUUGUCACCAGGACACCUUCCAACGAACUGCCCAUCUACACCUUGAGGAAACGCGGCGGCAACAUGCGAUUGACCCGCGUCAAGAAGAUUGACGGAAACAUUGAUGCUCUGCGCGAUGCCCUUCAGAUUGAACUCGGUGUUCCAGAGGCCGAGUGUGUCAUCAACAGACUCACAAACCAUGUCAUGAUCAAGGGCUGGCACAAGCCGCGGAUAGAAGCUUUCCUCAAGGCCCGCAACUUCUAA